AUGUUGGUGGCUGCUUCUCCUGCUCUGUCAGCGUUUGCCUGUAACUGCAACCUCCAUGCCCGGCGGUGCCGCUUCAACAUGGAGCUCUACAAGCUGUCGGGGCGCAAGAGCGGUGGCGUCUGUCUGAACUGCCGGCACAACACUGCGGGGCGGCACUGCCACUACUGCAAGGAGGGCUUCUACCGGGACCUCAGCAAGCCCAUCUCCCACCGCAAGGCCUGCAAAGAGUGCGAUUGCCAUCCCGUGGGCGCCGCCGGCCAAACCUGUAACCAAACCACGGGUCAAUGUCCCUGUAAAGACGGUGUCACCGGCAUCACGUGCAAUCGAUGUGCCAAAGGCUACCAGCAAAGCCGGUCUCCCAUUGCGCCCUGCAUAAAGAUCCCUGCCGCUCCCCCCACCACCGCUGCCAGCAGCACAGAGGAGCCUGCAGCUGUCCAGAUCCACAUCCUGAAAGCGGAAAAAAAUGCUGACUGGUGGAAGUUCACCGUCAACAUCAUCUCCGUCUACAAACAAGGGAGCAACCGGAUACGGCGCGGAGACCAGACCCUGUGGAUCCACUCCAAGGACAUAGCGUGCAAGUGCCCCAAAAUCAAACCCAUGAAGAAGUAUUUGCUGCUGGGCAACAACGAGGACUCUCCUGACCAGAGCGGCAUCAUUGCAGACAAAACCAGCCUGGUGAUACAGUGGCGGGAUACGUGGGCUCGGCGGCUCAGGAAGUUCCAGCAGCGGGAGAAGAAGGGGAAGUGUAAGAAAGCCUAAAGGAGGAGAAGGCAACGGAGCGCACGAGAGGGAGAGACUGACUGUGCAUGCUGCUUUGUGUAGAGCUGGGGCGGGCAGGGACCGGCGAUGGGGACGGUGGGAGGA